AUUGACUUUUAUCUCGAAAGGUUCACAAGAGUCAGCGGCAGAGAGACAGAGAAUGCCACCAUACUCAAUAUUCAGGCGUUUCUUUUGCGAUCCUAUCCAGCUAUCAUGCAAGGGAAAACGGACAGCGCCACAAUUUUCCUCGGAAUCGCUUGCAACAUGGCUAAAGUCAUGGGCUCGCAUGUCAAGCCAGCCAGUGGGUCAGAUUCUCAGCCCAUUCUCUCCACCGACAGCGAGACAUCAAGAAAACGAACAUUCUGGGCUUGCUUUUGGAUGGAUAGGCGUCUCGCUAUGCUUGAAGGCCGUGCUGUACAUUUGACGGCUUGUAACAUCUCCGUAGAGUUUCCGGCGUGCGAAUUUCUUCAUCAGGACUCAGAAUCGAAUGGAGGACAGGCCACGCCAGAAAUGCUUUAUGCUCUUCACCUGGAAUUUUCCGAUAUGCAAGACAAAUACUCAUUUUCUUCCUCAUCAAGCGUGGGAGAUGCAAUAUCAGAUGGCAAUCUUCGGUACAUCACUUGGCUUAAGAACCUUCCACCCACUUUGCGGAAUACGAAAAAGUCAGAGUACUCUUUAGCAAGCUUUAUAUCGCUUCACUUGUGUUACCAUGCUGGCAUGAUCCUCUUGCACCGCCCCUCGUUCCAAGUUGACGGCGAACAAGAUCGCCUCGCAAACAGUCCCUGCCUGGAAUCUGCAUACGCGAUAUCAGGGCUCCUCAAAGCCUACCGAAAACAAUUUUCCAAUCUAGUAGUCGACUUCAUGGUUCUCCAUGCCGCCUUCACGGGGGCGCUAGUUCACAUGAUAAUGCUCGAACACUCCGCUGUUGCAUCUUAUCAUAAGUCGAUGCGAGCUUUGAGGGCCAUUGUUGAAUUCUUGGGUUGGGUAAUUCCUCAUUCGCAAUAUGCGAGGAGCAUUCACCAAGAUCUGCAAACCUUUGCUUCAACUUGGUCCAUAUAGCCCAUCAACUCGGCGAUUUUCUGGGAAGCGUGACUUAGAGGAGUUCCAGGUUUGGAUAAUUAAGGGUUUAAUGACACUCUGAACUGAUCGUUUUGGAUCGAAAUGGUAUUACCGGCGGUAGCCAGCUAAAAAUGGGGUGUCCUUCAAUGUUGCUAAGCUCGGCCACUCGCUUCCACUAGGU